AUGUCUGCACCCCAACAAGGAAACCCCGCUGGUCAGGGAGGACUACGUCGACAAGGUCAGUACAUCAUACACGGCAUCGACUCUCUCGAGAAGAAGCAGGGCCAGGAUCCCAACAAGCUCCGCUCCGUCAACGAGAAGGUCACCGACACUGCUCGCGGCAUGUUCGAGAAGGCCACUGGCAAGAACGUUCCCGACAAGGUCUCGAACUAG